ACUAAACCCAUGAAAAGCGCUGACACACUGGCAGUCAGCAGGGUUUUAUUUUAACCCUCAGCUCAGUUUUUUACCCCUCAGAUUCAUCUCCCUUCACACGUAAAGAUGCUCCACAGUCUGAAGCCCUGUGAGAUGGAGGCUGGAGGUUUCUGCUUUGAAAACAGCCGCAGAAACACAAUGUUGGAGUCCAGUUUCUCAGAGCUCGGCUACAAAGUUCCCAACGCCAGAAAGACGGGGACGACCAUCGCUGGUAUCGUUUAUAAGGAUGGCGUGAUCCUGGGAGCAGACACCAGAGCAACAGACGACAUGGUGGUGGCCGACAAAAACUGCAUGAAGAUUCACUACAUCGCUCCCAAGAUCUACUGCUGUGGCGCCGGCGUGGCUGCAGACGCAGAGGUCACCACACAGAUCAUGUCGUCCAACGUGGAGCUGCACACACUCAACACCGGAAGGCCUCCUCUGGUCGCCAUGGUAACCAGGCAGCUGAAACAGAUGCUGUUCAGGUACCAGGGUCAGGUGGGUUCAUCUCUGAUCGUUGGAGGAGUGGAUGUGACCGGAGCUCACCUGUACAGCGUUUAUCCACACGGCUCCUACGACAAGCUGCCCUUCCUCACCAUGGGUUCUGGUGCUGCAGCUGCUGUCGCUGUGUUUGAGGACAGAUUCAAACCAAACAUGGAGCUGGAGGAGGCGAAGCAGCUGGUACGAGACGCCAUCGCCGCUGGGAUUUUCUGUGAUCUGGGUUCAGGCAGCAACGUGGAUCUGUGUAUCAUCACUCAGGCCGGGGUCGAGUACCUGAGAGCCUACGACAAGCCCACCACCAAGGGCAAGAGGGAGGGACAGUACAGGUAUAAGCGCGGCACCACGGCCGUCCUCACCAAAACCGUGACCCCGCUGACUCUGGAUGUGGUCGAUGAAUCAGUUCAGACUAUGGAGACUGAAUAAAAGACUUCUAUUCUCCAGAUGUAGCUGUGCAUCAGUGUACUGGAAACAGGAAAAGUGUGAGGUCACAUGAUUCAUAACUGGUUGUUUAUCAUUGUUAAGAAAGUAGUUUUUCCUUUGACAUCAUAGUUUUAUGAAUAAA